CAGCCACUCUCCAACAGACUCUUUGUAUUAACUUAAAUAUACUGACUGCUGAACGAAUAACGCUGUUCUACUAAUGAGAUUUAUUUUCAAGUCUUGACGAAUAUUUCGGUUUCUCAUAUGAGGAAAGCAAUGAGAACUCGGUCAAGUUCGCCUCCAAUUCAUGUGCACGUCAACGACGCCACACCAGUCCAUGUGCAUGUGAAGAGCCAGAGGACGAGUCCUGCCAGGACACCUCAGGGGACGACAAAAGUGGACAAGGGAAACCUCCGUCCUACAGCCAGGGUCAAAACUCGAGUGCCAUGGAUACCACCUGGAAAGGCCUCCACACGGGACGCUUCAUACAAAUGGGAGGGGCUGACGCACCGCCUUGAGAUCUCCCCACCGCUCCCUGAACCAGAACCUGAACGUUCCCAGUCUGUGCUGCGUUUAGCUGACCUCACGUCAGAGGAGGAGGAGGGGCUGCACGGACGCAUCAGCCAGUAUGAGAGGAAGAUUGAGUGUUUACUGACUGAGGUCAGCUCUCUGAAGAAUGAGGUGGAGCUGCGUAAGAAGGAGCAGCUGCUGGAGCGUCAGUCGGAGCAGCUGAGCGUCUCCCAGCGGGUGAUUGUGGAGCAGGAGGAGGAGCUGGCUGAGGUGACCAAGGAGCUGGAGGAGACCGAGCGGGAGAACACACGAUUACGCCAAUCCAUGGAGAAAAUGCUGGAGGAGAACGACUACAGCAGACAAGAUGGGGACAGUGCGCAACAAGAUAAAGAUGCUCUGCACAGGAAAUUGCUGGAGGCUGAGUUGGAUGGGACAGCAGCUGCCCAGCAGGUCUCCUCUCUGCGAGAAUCUGUGUCCAAACUGUGCGGAGCUGUUGGUACGAGGCUGUCCGGCUCGGAGUCCUCAGUCCUGGCCCGUCAGAAGGAGCUGCUGCUGCAGAAACUGGAGACCUUCGAGGCCACAAACCGAACUCUGCGUCACCUUCUCAGAGAGCAGCAGAAGUCUCAGAUGGAGUCCCUCCGAGUGUCAGAGCAGAAAGACAUGUUACUCAAGAGACUGGCCGACACAGAGACAGAGAAUGCUCAUCUGGUGGUGAAACUCCAAGAGAAGGACAGAGAGGUUAAUGAACUCUCCAGACUUUUAGAUACUGAAAAGGACAAUACCAGGAGCACAACGGAGCUGUCCAAGAGUCUGGAGUCAACCAGAGCUCAUUUACAGGGACAGCUCCGGAGCAAAGAAGCUGAGAACAACCGGCUCACUGUGCAGAUAAAGAACCUGGAGCGAGCAGCCAACCAGCAGAAGGCGGAGAUGGAGCAUCUGACGCAGCAGCUGGUGAGGCUGCAGCAGCAGGCCAGUGUGGACAGAGAGGCUCUGAAACGAGCAACCAGAGCGCAGAAGCAGCGGGCUGAGCGCAGCGAGGACACUGCAGGACAGCUUAGCGUCCAGCUGCUGGACAUGGAGAAGCAGGUGGAGGAAGCGCUGUCAGCAGCAGAGACCUGGCAGAGUCGCCAUGCCCAGGAAGUCAAAGACAAGAAUAAAGUGGAAAUUGAGCUGUUGCUGUUGAACAGUCGUAUAGCGGAGCUGACAGAGCAGCUGCAGAGCACAGGAGAUAAAGGCAGAGCGGAGAGAGAGGCCCUGCUGGAUCACCUGCAUGGACUGACCACAGAGAGCACUGCUGCCAAACUGGAGAACCAGUCCCUCAAGGCGACAGCGUCUGCAGUGGAGGAGAAGCUGGUUUUGUCUCAGUCAGAGCUGCAGCAGGUCAAAGCUUCAAUUCAGCAAUAUGAGAGCCUUCUGGACAGCUAUAAGAUCCAGGUUGGAAAAACCCGUGCCGAAGCAGAUGAGUACCGUGCUCGGCUGGCUCAGGCAGAGCGUUCAGCCCAGGUGGUGCGCGGGGAGCUGGAGCAGGAAAUAGAGGAGGUGCGCAGGGACCUGCUGGGGCGGCUGGCAGAGCUGGAGCCUCUUCCAGAAGCUCUACGACGUGCCGAACUCCAGCUGCAGGAGGCUCAGGACAGGGAGCGCAGCCACGAGAGACGCAGCAUGGAGCUCAGCACAAACCUCACUGAUCUGCGCAUGAAGGUGGAGACUCAGGGCAGCCAGGUGGAGCUUCUGAGACAGAAGAACAAGGUGCUGCUGGAGGAGAACAGACAGCUGCAGCAGCGAAUCGAGACUUUGGAAAGAAAGCUGGAGGAGGCCGGCAGUCAGAACAGCGACCUGCUGGCCGUCAUUUCCAAACGUGAAGACACCAUCCACAGCAAUCAGCUCCGUCUGGAAGAAAAAACGAGGGAAUGUUGCCUGCUCAGCAGAAAGCUGGAGGAGGCUCUGAGUGAUGCUCGACAACAGAUAUCAGAGACCAGAGGACUUGCUGCCACCAAAGAGCGCUCCACCCAGUCCAAGAUACUGGACCUGGAGACUCAACUUAGCAGGACUACCUCAGAAAUCAACCAACUGCGACGCAGCAAAGAGGAGGUGGAGCGGAGGUACCAGAGCAGACUGCAGGAUAUGAAGGAUCGCCUGGAGCAGUCUGACAGCACCAACCGAAGCCUGCAAAACUACGUCCAGUUCCUCAAAGCCUCCUACACCAAUGUGUUUGGAGACUUGGCCCCUGGCAGCUCGCUACGGGCCCCUUCACCCAUCUGACAGCCCACCUGUCCAAGGUGUAUUUCAGCACACAUUCCAAAACAGUAUAGUGUCUUUAGCCUUUUACUAUUAGAUUGGCAAACAAGAGCUGGAGGCUGUGCAGAUGACAGGCUCCGCCAGCUGCCUGGUUGCCACUUACAUACCAUUAUCAACCAGCUGGAUGAAGAGAGACAGUAUCUUUUGGCUGAUAGUGGGGCUUGUAGAAGAAGUCCAGAUUUAUUUAGAACUGAAUUGGUAGACAGUUUAAUAUGUCAUUUGACAACGAAAUUUUAAUUCUAAAAAUGGCUCCUUUGUUCUUAAAGCCCUUAAAUGUAGGAUUUGUGUUUCGACACAACUUCUGCUGGUCAUGUCAAAACACAGUGACAGACAAAGACUAUAAAAUAAUGCAUGUAGUUACCAUGACGUCACCCUUUGGGUUUUGGACUAUGUUAAAGGCUCAAGUUUUGCGAGUUGGCUGUUGCCACCUUGUUUUGUUUGGAGCUAGAGAUGACCAUAUUUGAACAAGAGGCUCGAGCUGUGGAGGAGCGAGAGGUUGAUUUGAUCCAGAGGCUGUGGUGAGGUCUCACAGACACCCUGUCACCCAAACUGGCCCCGCCCUUAAUUCAUAUCUCAAAGCCUUAAUAUAACAUCAGCGGGUGAGUUAUACAAAAAAAUCACCUCCUCAUACAGUUGUCCUGAAUGCUGAAAUUAGCUACAGAGACCAAAAAUGUUUGCACCAGGCUGUAAACAUGUUUAUUUCUGCUGUAACGUGUUGGGUCUUUCAACAUGGUUGUCUGUGGGGAUUGACUUGCUUUUGGAGCCAGCCUCAAGUGGCCAUUGGAGGAACUGCAGUUUUUGGUACUUUGUGUUAGCUUCAUUUUUUUAGCCUGCUUGGUGACAGACAGUAAAUUUACUCUGCGUACACCCCUUUCCACCAUAAUUACAUGUAAACUGCACUCAAAGGGGUGGAAGUGAAGUGAAAGAAAAAGGCAGCAGGAGUGCUAACGGUGUCCCUCAAAUCAACGGUGCUCAACAAACAGAUGUCAAAAAUACACCAAAAAACUGCUGUGGCAAAAACUAAAAUCAUAAAUGUAAAUAAAAGAAAAUAAAAAUACACCAAUGCGUGUCAACUUGCGCCAUCCUUGUAGUUUUUUACCCUGAUGACAUGAGGGUUAUGUGGUUCACACUAACUGCACCAAGCACCUGUAAUUUGUAGCCCUUCAUCCAACCAACUCUCUCUUGCUGCUGCUUUUACCAUUAAUCAUUGUACCAUCCCGCUGUAAUUUUUAAAACGGCCUCGCAAGUCAGCACUAAUAUCAAUUAGAUAUUGCUGAAGAACAAAUGAAGCCUUACAGUGUUUAAUCCACUGCUGUGCAAAAAUGAGUUGUUAAAAGAGAAAGAGACAAAGAAAAGGCUGUGCUUGGUGCUGAGGACAUUUUGUAGUUGU